AUGGACCAAGACAGGGGACUCGGCUCACGGCCGGGUGGCUGCUGUUGCGACGGGCAACAAGUGGGCGGUGGACACGGUCGUCGGAGGAGCUCCGGCAAAGGGACAGCGAACACGCGGCGAGGGAGGAGCGGGAGUCGCGUGCGGGACAAAGGCGGCGGGGGAGACGGAGGCACCGCAGCAGAGGAUAGCGCGGCUCGCGUCGAUCCGGGCUCGGGCGGAACGGGGAGAGGCGGAGUGGUGGAGUUGCAGGGGCGUCGCUGGUGGCGGGCGAGAGGCCGGCACGGCGACCCGCCGGCCGCGGCGGAGCAGGAGCAGCGUCAAGUGGUCUCGGGUCGGUGCGGGCUACAGGCGAGGUGGGACACGACGGUAGCUGGUGACACGGCGACCUGCUCGUCGGCGCUCGGGCGGAAGGGCAGGUUGCAGCAGAACGCAGAGGUGCUAGGUCGGAGGUGCUGCUGGUGUGGUGGGCAGCGGUGGGCGGAGCGCUCGAGCGGCUGCUGGCGAGCUGCUGGUACGGUGGCGGCGGGGAGGAGCAGCUAUGGAGCUGCACGUCGCGGUGACGGGUGGUGGGCGGCACGGCGAUCAGCGAUGGGUGGAGGGGCGGCGGGGGCACGCAGUCACGGGCGCCGAGCGUCGGUGAGGCUCGGGGUUGCGGCGGUGACGGCAUUCGGAGCUUGCCGAAGGAAAUCCAGCAGCGAAGAACCUGGAGAAGAUGAACAGUAG